GAGCUGCCGAACUUGUUAUAUAGACACCACUCCAGUCACUACUUGAAAGCUCCAGCAAGAUUCGGCUCAAAGCUCCUUGCCUCCUUUAAAGGGGUUACAGAGAUGGCUAAGGCUCUUAUUGUGUUCGUCUGUUGCUGCCUGCUGGUGGCGUCCACCACGGCAGCGCGUGUUCUAAGCGACGGCGAGCGUUUCGGCGGCCAGAAGAACCCCGCCGACCCGCACCAUUCUCCGGAUCCGAGGCGCUCACACAGGACUCCGCCCUGCUCUCCGGCGCCGCCACAAGGUGGUGGUGAAGGGUACUACCCACCCUCGCCAUCCAUUGGUACGUCCCCGACCACGCCUGGUGGCGGUGGCGACGGCUACCCGCCCUCACCAUCUACCGGUACGUCUCCGACCACGCCUGGUGGCGGUGGAAACUAUCCACCAUCGCCGUCCAUCGGCACAUCCCCCACCACACCGACCUCACCUGGUGGUGGGUACUACCCACCCUCGCCGGACAUCGGCACCUCUCCGAGCACGCCUGGCGGUGGUAGCGGGUACAACACCCCUCCUUCCCCGUCCAGUGAUAUUUCUCCGACCACGCCCGGCGGCGGUGGUGUGUACAACACCCCUCCUUCCCCGUCCAGCAACACCUCUCCGACCACUCCUGGCGGCGGUGGCGGGUACAACACCCCUCCUUCGCCAUCCAGUGACACGUCUCCGACCACACCCGGCGGCGGUGGCGGGUACUACAGUCCCCCUUCGCCAUCCAGUGACACCUCCCCAACCACGCCCGGCAAUGGCGGCGGCGGGUGCAACACCCCCCCUUCACCUUCUAGUGACACCUCUCCUACCAUGCCCGGCGGCGGUGGCGGGUACUACGGCCCCCCUUCGCCAUCCAGUGACACCUCCCCGGUCACGCCCGGCAGCGGCAGCGGGUACAACACUCCACCUUCGCCGUCCAGUGACACCUCCCCGAACACACCUGGCAACGGUGGCGGGUACUACGGCCCUCCUUCCCCGUCCAGUGACGCCUCCCCGAAUACGCCUGGCAGCGGUGGCGGGUACUACGGCCCCCCUUCGCCGUCCUCGGACACCUCCCCCACCGCACCUAGUGGAGGGUACUACAGCCCCCCUUCACCGUCCAGUGACACCUCUCCAACCACGCCUGGAAGCGGCGGCAGGUACAUACCGACGCCAAACGUGCCGUUACCGCCUAUCAGAACAACGCCAACACCUUUCUCUCCGCUGACGCCCACGCCGACCACCCCCACGCCCUACGAUCCCAACACCCCGCCAUUCUUCACCGGUCCGAGCACCUACUGGAUGACGCACCCGGGCGUGGUCUGGGGCCUGUUCGGGUUCUGGUGCCCGCUGGCGCGGCUGUUCGGGCCGAGCGCCGCGGUGCCGUUCGGGCACGACCUGACCGUGCCGGAGGCGCUGGCCAAUACGCGCGAGGACGCCGUGGGCGCGCUCUUCCGCGAGGGCACGGCGUCGCUGCUCAACUCCAUGGUGAACAGCAGGUUCCCCUUCACCACGCAGGAAGUGAAGGACGCCUUCGGCGCCGCGCUCGGCUCUGGCGACGACGGCGCCGCCGCCGCGCAGGCGCAGCUCUUCAAGGAGGCAAACAAGGGGCAUGUCAAGCUCUAGGCAACUAGCCCUGUGUCCCGUGGACGGAAUGUAUAGGCAUGCAUGCGAUGGCAGGCGCACGCGCAAGCAUGCAUGUGUUUGUUCUUCUGAAUCGAGAUCAUGAUCUUGUCUGCACGUGUAUGAUCAUGAAGUUAGUAGUAGCUCUUAAGUUCCUUAAUUUGUAUUAGGUGUGCAUGCGGUCUUAGUGGACGGGACUGUUUAUGUGGCUUUCAUCUUUUCUGAAGCUGUGAUAUUUUUAUUUUGGUGUA